AUGGCGUAUGAAAAACGUGCAAAUAGUGUGUCAUCAAACCCAAUCGUUCGUGAGAGCCGUGUAAUUAAUGACGAAGAUUGGGAUGCCUUAGAGGAAAAAAUCGCAACGCUUAAGUCUGACUAUAUCGAAUCUAAAGAUGUUCAUCAAGCUUUAGAAAUUUGGAAUUUAAAAAUUCCAAAAUAUCAACUAAAUCAUAUAUUAUCGCAAAAUUAUGGAAAUAAAACUGAUCAAAAAUUAUCAAGAGAUGAAUUUUUGCGUUUAUAUUAUGAUCUUUACACUCAAACAAAUGUCGGAAUGACGUACAAAACACUUGUUAAAACAAAACAAAAUGUUGAACAAUUUAGUACAAGUGAUCGUGUUGAAAAUAAUCAAAGUGAUUUGUCAAUGAAAAAUAAUCAAUCGGACAAUACAUCAUCUGUUUAUCAUACAGCCACAGUUGAAGAACGUAUUGCAUUUACAGAUUGGAUUAAUAAAAACUUAGCCGAUGAUUCAUUUUUACAAUUAAAAAAAAAUCCAAUUGAUCCAAACGAUCCACAAGCACUCUAUCAACGUUGUGCUGACGGUGUUUUACUAUGUAAAUUAAUAAACAAGGCUGUUCCAAAUACAAUCGAUGAAAGAGCACUUAAUAUGGAUACAAAAUUCGAUAUAUUUCGUAGCGGAGAAAAUUUAGAAUUAGCUAUAAAUUCUGCACGAGGAAUUGGUUGUAAAGUUAUUAAUAUUCAUGUUGAAAAUAUCUUAAAAGGAAUACCACAUCUUAUUUUGGGUUUAUUGUGGCAGAUUAUUCGAGCUGGUUUAACAUAUGACAUUAAUUUAAUCCAGGUACCUGGUCUUUUGCAAUUAUUACGUGAUGGAGAAACAGUCGAAGACUUGUUAAAACUAUCUCCUGAAGAACUUCUGUUAAGAUGGGUUAAUUAUCAUCUGAAAAGAUCCAGUUAUAAAGGAAAAGAGGUUACCAAUUUUAGCAAUGAUAUAAAAAAUUCCGAAGCUUAUACUUAUCUUCUACAACAAAUUGCUCCAGCUGAUACAAAUCCAGCGUUAUCACUAAGUCCGUUACAGGAAAACGAUCUUCGAUCUCGUGCAGAACUGAUGCUGAAAGAAGCAGAUAAGAUAAAAGCACGUGCAUUUAUUUCCCCAAACGAUGUUGUCAAAGGAAAUCCAAAAUUAAAUUUUGCGUUUGUAGCAAAUUUAUUCAAUUCUUAUCCAGCCUUAGAUGUACCUGUGGAUCGUCCAGUAGACGAAGUUCUAGUACAAGAAACACGUGAGGAAAAGACUUAUCGAAACUGGAUUAAUUCAAUGGAAUUGAAAGACAUAUCAUUUGUUAAUUAUUUAUACUCUGAUUUAUCUGAUGGAUUAAUUAUACUUAGAUUGUACGAUGAAAUUCGUCCGGGAACAGUUGACUGGAAAAAAGUUUAUGAAAAAUUUCAAGCAAUAAAAGAACAUUUUCAAAAAUUAAGCAAUUGUAAUUUGGCAAUUGAAAUAGGUAAAGAGCCGAUGGGUUUAAAAUUAAUAGGUAUCGGAGGUGCAAAUAUUCUCAAUGGUAAUAAAACAUUAACACUUGGUCUUGUUUGGCAGAUAAUGCGUGCCUAUACAUUAUCGUUAUUAACUAAAUUAGCUGGUACAAAGACACCCAUCGCUGAUAGAGAAAUUAUCGAAUGGGCAAAUAAAAAAUUGCAAAAUGGCAAUAAAACACGAUUUUUGAACACUUUUCAAGAUUCAGAUUUAUCUGAUGCAAAACUUUUAUGUGAUCUUAUUGAUGCCAUCAAACCGGGAUCAAUUCAAUAUGAGUUGCUAAAAAAUGAUUCAAUGGCGAAUGCACGUUAUUGUAUAUCAAUAGCACGCAAAAUAGGAGCCCGUGUGUAUGCAUUACCAGAAGAUAUUGUUGAAGGGAAACAUAAGAUGAUUAUGACCAUAUUUGCUACAUUAAUGACAAGAGAUUAUCAAAAUCGAUAA